AUCUUUUCCAGGUAAGACCCACACAAUGCUGGGGAGCCCAAGCGAACCGGGUGUCAUACCACGAGCUGUGAGAGGCCUGCUGCAGAUGACUCGGGAGGCAAAUUAUAAGCUUGAGGAGGAGAACUGGAGCUACUCAAUGACCAUGUCCUAUGUGGAGAUCUAUCAGGAGAAGGUGAUGGAUCUUCUGGAGCCCACGAACAAGGCCCUUACAAUCCGAGAAGACAAAGACCACAAUAUCCUCAUCCCGGGGGUAACUCAGAAGACCAUCAACACCUUCUCAGACUUUGAUGAACAUUUCAUUACUGCAACCCAGAACCGCACAGUGGCCUGCACCAAACUGAACAACCGCUCCAGCCGUAGCCACGCUGUGCUGCUCAUCAAGGAAACCCCCACAGGCUGCGAGAACAUGCCUGGCUGGGAGUUGACUCUGCGGACAGAUCUGCUCCAGAAUGGCCGAGAGAAGCUUCUGAAUCUGCUGAAUGAAGGCUCGAUAACAGAGCUCAAGUCCUUGCAGAAGAUUUAA